AUGUUUCCCAGCCCCUUAACAUCUACUCCUUUUUCAGUAAAGGAUAUAUUGAAUCUGGAGCAGAACCAGGACGAAAUGGCCUCUUUGGACACCGCUGUCCCCACUUCUUCAUGCAUGCUGGCGAAGUUCAAACAGGAGCCUUUGCUGGAGAUGCCAGUGGGAGCCUCUCUGUUCAGCCAGGAUGUCCCGGAGCUCAAAGCCACCAAAAACCCUUCACUAAACUUCAGCGCUGCCUUUUAUGGGAAGAAUUUCCCGGAUAUGGAUAUGAUGAAAGACACGAGAGCGGACAGCGCGUACGAGGAAAAAGAAAGAAAAGGUGAUUUUCUCCAUUGUUCUGAGGCCCACCCGAAGACAGGAGACGCCGAGCGGCCGAGGCAGAGGAAGAGGAGGAAGCCGCGCGUGCUCUUCUCGCAGGCCCAGGUGUACGAGCUGGAGAGGCGCUUCAAACAGCAGAAAUACCUCUCCGCCCCCGAGCGAGACCACCUGGCCAGCGUGCUCAAACUCACAUCCACGCAGGUCAAGAUCUGGUUCCAGAACCGCCGCUACAAGUGCAAGAGGCAGCGGCAGGACCAGACGCUGGAGAUGGUGGGGAUCCCACCGCCACGGCGCAUCUCGGUCCCCGUGCUGGUGCGGGACGGAAAGCCGUGCGUGGGCGACGCCUCCACCUACGGCGCUUCUUACAACGUGGGCAUCAACCACUACACAUACAACGCGUACCCUGCCUUCCCCAACUACCCGAGUCCGGGCUGCAACACAAACUACGCGUGCAACUACGCCGCGGCCCCCAUGCAAAGCAUCCAGCCCACGACGGGCGGCGCUAACUACAUGAACGUGAGCGUGGGAGAGCUCGGUACCGUCCAGACCCAGUUUCAGUCCCCCGGCGGAGUGUCCUCACUGCACGGGAUCCGAGCCUGGUGA